CGACAAAAUGUGUGACGAAGUCGGAAUACUGCACGGAUACGGCAGUAGAUCCCGGCUACACUAGCCGUGGGGCAGGCCAUGGCGUUCAGAUUCACUCGACUACGCUUUAUCGUCAUUGCCGUCAACUGAUUUCCGGCGACCUUUUCUGGUGCUCCUGGCGAGCUCGGUUUCAGUGGUGGAGCUGGUGGAGGCUCAUGUUUCAACGCAGCGUCGAUCUACUCCACCAAGUGCCGGUAAGGCCGAUGUGGUCAAGGGACAAAGGCAUCGAGAGUCGUCACAAAUCGACUGCGGGAUCGUAACGCCCAUCAGAGCGCAUGCUCCGCGCACCCAGUCGCGAGCAGGCGAUCAAGCGGCCGCAGCCGUGAGGAUGGCGGCUGCGAUAACCCCGAGCGAGCCGGGGCAGGCCCGGGCACGAACCGCGCGCCCCUGACCUGCAAGCUUGCACGCUGCGUCCCGAGCAGGCACCUCGGCCGGCACGAAAACUCGGAGGAGGGCCGGCGUGCGAUCCCCUGCAACGAGAUAAAAGCGGGGAGGGGACCAUACUGGCGGCAGCCCUCCGAGGCCGGGCGCCGCGUCAUUCCAGCGCCUUCGUGGGCCGCGCCGCCGUUCCGUAAACUGGAAAAACUGGUCGCGGUCGGCGCCGCCGGUGGAGCAGCCGCUCGGACAAAGAGUGGCCGCCCCUUCGACGCCCGAUGUUAUCGGCGUGGUUCCCGGAACGCAGGCGCGCAGCUGGACGACGACGCUUCCGCCGGACCUUCGUCGGUGAAAGCAGGCACGCCAAGAAACAGUGAAACCAUGGCGAGUGACAAGGGAUGCGCGCCCACGUCACUGUGCACACCGAUUCGCGAGGUCAGCACUGAAUGCGCUUUGAUAACGCUCCCUGAAGCCGUGGCCCCCAUCGACUGCUGACUUUGUGUGGGAGAGCUUGUGCGAAGGAGUCCCGGCGCUUAUCGUGUGAAUUCUCGACUGACGUAUUGUUGUGAAGCGAUUGUUUUUUUCGCCAUUGGAUGGAUAACAAUUGAAACUGGAGACGCGAACAGCGAUCGACGGUGGGAGGAACGACAACGGUACCGCUCAGUGAUUGCAUUCCCUGUAACACGCUCGUUGCGUCGUCCUAAAUUUGAGUAGAACCCUUUUCGUAAGCCUCCUGGUUUGUGUCCCGAAGGUGACAUCGCUCUGUGGAUAAGCGGCCCUUCGCACCUUGGUCCGCGGCUUCAUGCAAGCUUGCAAAGAGUUCUCAACGCUACCUCGGAGUACUUGGGUCUGGGGACCGCCCGAAAGCGACGAGGGGUGCGCAACGGCCUGAGCUGCGAAGGCGGAGCGUUCCCAACCAACCUCCCCCCGGCGGCACGCAGUGAGACCGACCCAGCAGCCCGGCGACGCGCCAACCGGUCAUUCCAGUCAAGGAGGCCAGCGGUGCUGUUCGCGUGAAACCUGUGAUGUGCCGCCGCGCCGCCGGGUGACUGGCGCCGCGGCGAUGCGCUCUCCGCCACCAUCCCCGCUGCUGCAGCAGGCGGCAUGAGGCGGUCGGCGGCCCUGCUGCUGGCCCUGCUCUGGUGGCUGCGAGCGGCCGCGCAGCCCGGCGUCGUCGCUGCUCGUUACGUGGCGCCCGAGGACUGCCGAUGGGAGCCGCUGGACGCCACCGGGGUGGCGCUCACCUGCGCCGUGCGCGCGCUCAGCGGAGGCCCCGAGCCGAGCAACUUCAGCCUCAUCCAGCCGGGACACACAGCGCGGCUCACGGUGCGUUGCGACGACCUGCUCUUCCAGAGCGACCUCACCAACGGCUCGUUCGCCCACCUCAGCGGGCUGCGCUCGCUCAGCAUCGAGCGCUGCAAGCUCGAGGAUGUACCGGCACUCGCGUUUGCCGGCCUCGCCGAGCUUCAGAACCUCAGCCUGCGCACCUACAACACAGAGUGGGGAAAGCUGUCGCUGCGCCUGGCGCCCGACAGCCUGGCGCCCCUCCGGCAGCUCGUCGCGCUGGACCUGAGCCGCAACAACAUGGACUACUUGCCGCCAUCGAUCCUGUGUCCCCUCGUUCAACUCGCGCAGCUGAACCUGACGCGCAACCGUUUCGCGGACGCCACCAGAAUGGGGUUCGCCGAAGCGCGUUGUUCUCCGCUGGUGCAGAAGCUGGACGCGGCCUACAACCGGCUGCGCCUGCUGCCCGAAAAGGCGUUCGCCUCGCUGCGGCAGCUGCGAGAGCUCAAGCUGGACCACAACCAGAUCGCGCGUGCCGAGCAAGGGGCGCUGUUCGGGCUCUCGCGCCUGCACAACCUUGACCUGGCGCACAACGCGUUGGUCGCGCUGCCGCCGCGCUUCCUGCAGCCGGCGGAGAUGCUCUCGGAACUGUACCUGCGCAACAACUCGCUGAGCGCCCUGCCGCCGGCUCUGUUCGCGGGGCUGCACCAGUUGACCAUGCUCGACCUGGCGCACAACCAACUGAGCUCAGGAUGGCUCGGAGCCCCAGACACCCUGGCGGAUUUGACGCGACUCGCUGUACUCGAUCUGUCGCACAAUCGGCUCACGAGGCUGGACGACGCUGCUUUUCGGUCGCUGCACAAUCUUCAAACACUUCAGCUGCAGCACAACCUGAUCGAGUCGAUCGCGGACUUGGCGUUCGCGUCGCUUUACAACCUGCACACGCUAGUCCUAAGCCACAACCGCCUGAAAUUUGUGGGAACGCACAUGUUCACCGGCCUUUCGUCGCUCGGUGGCCUUUAUGUGGACCAUAACCGACUCGAGUCUCUGGCACCAGACGCCUUUCACAACGUGACCAACCUUCAGGAGAUCAUCCUCGCUGGAAACAGGCUCUCGUCUGUGCCACGGGUUGUGCAGACUCUGCAGCUGCUUCGCUCCCUCGACGUGGCCGACAACAUGGUCGCGGACAUUCAGAACGCGUCCUAUCAAGGACUGCGCCAGCUGUACGGCCUCAAUCUGAUGGGAAACCACCUAGGGAACUUGAGUCAAGGCGCUUUCCACGAGCUGCCGUCGCUGCGUAUUCUCAAUUUGGCUCGCAAUGGAAUUCAGUCCAUCGAACAAGGCACAUUCGAUGACGUCCCCGACCUUCACGCUUUGCGUUUGGACUCCAAUUUCUUGGACGACGUUAAUGGCCUUUUUAGUAACCUGCACGACCUCAUCAUGCUGAACAUCUCGGCCAACCGUGUGCGAUGGUUCGACUACGCUCUUAUUCCCAUCGGACUGCAGUGGCUCGACAUCCACGACAAUCAGAUAGAGGCGCUGGGGAACUACUUUGAGCUGGAGUCCAUUUUGAAACUGAGGACGUUGGACGUGUCGCACAACAGGCUCACCGACCUCGACUCAUCGUCUCUGCCGAAUGGCAUAGAAAUUGUUUUCUUGAAGGGAAACCAGCUGCGUCGCAUUCAGCCCUUCACUUUUCUCGGUAAACAGAACCUCACACGUGUCGACCUGACGGACAACAAGCUGGAGACAUUGGACAUGACGAUGUUCAGGCUGAGCGAGGUUCCAAGCGGUCGGCCGCUGCCGCAGUUCAUGGUGGCCGGGAACCCGUAUCUCUGCGACUGCCACAUGGAGUGGCUCCAGCGCCUGGGGCAUCUAGACGAUUCGAGGCAGUACCCGCGAGUGAUAGACCUGGCGGACGUGGCCUGCCACCUGAGUUUCAGUCGGAGGAAAGCCACCCUGGCGCUCGUCACGGCGCAGUCGUCCGAGUUCCUGUGCCGGUACCGCAACCACUGCUUCGCGCUCUGCCACUGCUGCGACUUUGACGCUUGCGACUGUGAGAUGGUAUGCCCAGACAACUGCACCUGUUACUACGACCAGAGCUGGAACACCAACAUCGUGGACUGCAGCGCCAGGGCGCACGGCGCGGUUCCCAAGCAGCUCCCGAUGGACGUGACCGAGCUGUACCUGGACGGUAAUGACAUACCGACGUUGUCUAGCCAUACCUACAUCGGUCGAAAGAACAUGAAGGUACUCUACCUGAACAGCAGCAACGUGCAGACCAUCAACAAUCGAACAUUCAGUGGUCUGCGCACGCUCCGAGUGCUGCGGCUAGACCACAACCGACUGGCAACGCUGCACGGCUACGAAUUCGAUGGGCUCGGAGAGCUGAGGGAACUCUACCUUUCGUACAACCACCUGACGAGCAUCAACAACGCCACAUUCCUGCCGCUCAAAUGUCUCGAGGUGCUGCACUUGGACCACAACUACAUCCUCGCAAUGGCCGUCGGGAACCUGCAGCCGCGCCUCAACGACGUGCGCCUCUCGGACAACCCGUGGUCGUGCGACUGCCGUUUCGUGCAGGAGCUGGCGGACUUCCUGCAGAACCGCGGCGCGGACCUGGUGGUGCGCGACCUCUUGAGCGUCCACUGCGUGCACAACGAGACGGCGGUGCUGCCGCUGUGGGAGCUGAACGCCACGUCGUGCACCAACGCGUCGGCGGCGAGCACGCACGCGCGCCACGUCCAAGACCUGCUCCCUCUGCUCGUCGUCGUCGGUGUGGUGUUUCUCCUGCUGGUGUGCGUGGUGGCUGUAGCCUUGGUGUAUCGCCGCCAGAUGAGCGUGUGGUUCUACACCAAGUACGGCGUGCGCGUGUUCCAGCGCGCGCCCGCCGAGGAAGAGAAGCUGUUCGACGCCUUCGUCUCGUACAGCAAGAAGGACGAGGCGUUCGUGGCCCAGAUCCUGGCGCCCGAGCUCGAGUGCGGCAGCCCGCCGUACCGACUGUGCCUUCACUACCGCGACCUGCCCAUGGCCGGUGGCUACCUGACAGACGCCAUCAGCGAGGCCGUCGAGAGCAGUCGGCGGACUAUUGUGAUCCUCUCGGAGCACUUCCUCAAGAGCGAGUGGUGCCGCUACGAGUUCAAGUCGGCCCACCACGAGGUGCUGCGCGGCUGCAGCCACCGGCUGGUGGUCGUCUUCCUCGGCCGGGUCUCCUUCAGGGAGCUGGACCCGGACAUUCGGCUGUGGCUCAAGUCCAGCACGUUCCUGCGCUGGGGCGAGAAGAGGUUCUGGGACAAGCUUCGAUACGCCAUGCCGGACACGCGGCAUCGCAAGGUGGCCGCCGCCUCUGGCAGCCGAAGCGACGUCGCCAGCGUGCACAUCUGACGCCGCCGUGUACAGUGGUGUGCCAGUGCCAAGGUGUAUGUGUGUGUGUGCGCGCGGUGGCUGCCUUGUGGAUUACAUGUGGCCAGGAUAUGCACGGGCUUGGCCCCUUUCAUCUAAGUCAAGUCUCCCCCCAGUUUGCGCUGUGCAGGUAAAAACACCUUCUCUUGCUCUGCUGCCAACGAACUUCGUGACUUCCUGUUUUUUUAACCAAUGACUAUCCGUCUCGAAACUGUACCAACUCCUUUAAGCGGUCGCUGGUUGUAUACGUGAGAACGCUUUCAAACGAACUGGUGGCAUAGGGAGGCCUCUGGGGUCAUGUUUCUCUGUACAUAGACGUGUAAUAUAGCCCCUGUAUGUCAUUUUUUUACUCGUAAUUUAUGAAUUCGUUUCCUCUGCGUCGUACUUGCGUUGCUCUGAAUGACUACCAAGAGCCGAAACAACACGCUGGCACUUCGUGGGACGUAGGCAUUGGACUGUGAUGUACAUUCCUAUGCAGUUUGCGACAUAUUGUGGAGGACUGCCUAACUUGCACAGAUUUCUUUCUUUUUUUUUAGGAAAAUGCUGUGACUUUUUGAAUGUCGGGGAGAAACCGUGUGCCACCAUUAUUUAUUUAUACUUAUUUAAGCGCGAUUUGCAUCCCUACACUACAAUGUUUGUAUCGCGCAUCCUAGACUGUACCAAGUGGCCUCGGUCCUUGGACUCCCGUACUACGAGGAACCUCAGAUUUAUUCGGAAAGUGGACACGCUGCUAUAGAGAUGCCAUGUGAAAGUUUCGUGUCAUAAAAAAAAGAAAAAAAGGACAAUUCAACCGUAAUUCACGCCUCGAAAAAAAAAAUGGUAUUGCGAAAGCCCAUAGGCAAGUAGAUAUCUCUAGGUGUGAGUCUACAAGAGUGUGCGUAAUCCACGUGGUGUCUGAAGGCCUCGAAUAUCAAUUUAGCCCCGCUAUCUCUUGAAACGAAUAUUCCUACGAAUUUUACUCGCCAGUGACCCGGUACCUUCAAUCGCAUAAAUUUUUAGCAGCAGCCUUCACAUUUUCUUCCAUUUUUUCUCGAGAGUUUACAGCCACAAGGCAAGCCUUCAAGGUAAUGUACUUAGUUGUGGUAUGGAUGUGACGCAAACAGCAAAGAAAUCUUUUGGAAGGAACAACUACGGCAAUAAAGCGAAGUGUCUCAACACUUGGAAAUGUUGAA